AGACAUUUGUUGUGCUUGGGUUUGUAAAUUGUGAUUAAUGUGGGAAAGCAAUGUUAAUGCUGAUUUGUGAACAUUUUUGAAAUCUUCCGCGCCAGACGUGAAUAACUUGCGGUGUAUAUGUUUUAUAUACGGACAUUUCUAGAAAGAUGCCAAAUGAAUACUAGGAAAACCUCCUGAUCUGCCAUCUCGAUCAAGUACUAAAACCAGUGGAAAUUGAGCUACAUAUUUGAUUAUCCUUAGAGGUAUUUUGUAUAUAAAGAUAGAGGCGACAUUUCGUCGCAGUUUUAUUGGAGUAACUGAGGAGUUAAUGUGAAUAUCAUUUAAAUGUUCAAAAAUUUAACUAUGUGGCAUGAAGCAAGAAAACAGGAGAGGAAGAUACGGGAUUUGAUUGUCGACUACAAAAAAAGAGCAGAACGAAGGAGAGAUUUCUACGAGAAGAUUAAAGCAGAUCCUACGCAGUUCCUUCAGCUACAUGGACGGCCAGUCAAGAUACAUUUGGAUCCCGCAGUUGCCAUCGCAGGAGACAGCCCGGCAAACAUGAUGCCGUGGCAAGGAAGACAGGAUGUGUUGAUAGACAGAUUUGAUGUACGUGCUCAUCUGGAUAUCAUCCCAGAGUAUCCAUCACGGACAGAGCCGCCGCCACCAGAGGAGUUGUCAAGGGAAGAGAGGCUUAUAAAUUAUGAGCGGUAUCGCAUCAUUGUCCAAAAUGAUUUUCUUGGAAUUGAAGAAGAAAAGUUUCUUCACCAAUUAUAUCUCGAGGAACAGUUCGGUCCCAUCUCACGACCCGAUGAGUCCACACCGCCACCCGGGGAGAAAGACGGCAAGAAGAAGCGUGAAAAGGGGGCGGCUAUUCCGUACUCGUACGACAGCUCCACCUCACAGCAGGCUGCGCCAGCAACUGUUACACAGGAAACUGCAACAGCAUCUCGUGCUGCUGACACCGAAAAGCCCGAAGAAGAGGAAGAAGAAGACAGUGAUGUAGAUUUUGAUCUGUGUGUGGACGUCAGUCAAAUUGGCCCGCAGCAGGCACACGAGCUCAACGUGUGCGGUGCCGCAUACGGUAUGAAUGGGAACGAUUUCUUCUCUUUUCUGAACCAGGACAUUGAAGAAAAGGAGUCUCUGAGACUGGCACGUGAGCAAGAGGAGGAAAAGGCCAUGUACUCGGGAAGAAAAUCUCGGCGUGAAAGGAGGGCAUUCAGAGAAAGACGUCUACAGGGCAGGAAAAUCAGCCCCCCAAGCUACGCAGCUCGCACGAGCCCGACUUACGACCCUUACCGCGUGUCUACUUCAAAGUCGCGCUCUCGCUCGCGCUCACCGGUAAAUACAGGUCAGAUAACCUACAUCACCAGUUUCGGAGGGGAAGAGGAAGAGGAGCAGACACACCCUACAGCGGCCCCCGGACCCGUGAACGUGAGGUCCUACGGAGGUGCCGACUCGUCUUACCACCACAGCAGCAAUGCCUCAGUGUGUUCUGCCACGGCGGGGUCGUCUGCCGGCAGUCAGAGCAGCAGCAGUCGACGAAACCGAUCUCGUUCACCACGUUCAUCUGGCUGGCGGAGACGGAGAGACCGUUCUCCUUCAUCGAGCAGCCGAAGCAGCCAGCGCAGGCGAUCUGGACUGUCACCAUCUGGUUAUAGGAACAGAUCUCAUUCUCGGGAACGAGAUCGUGGCAGGAGGGGACGUUCACCCUACGGCAGUGACCGACGUUCCAGAUCGAGGCGAACUCACCGCAGCUCGAGCAGUGAUCGAUCUCCCCCACCGUCGGGCCGGCACCAGGUGGGCGGCUUCAGUGCGACUGAUGGCUCUAAAAACAAUGGUCAGCAACAACAGUUACCACAAGGCCAUCCUGUCAUCAACAACCAGCCACCAGUAGCUAACAGUACCGCAGUGCCGGCCACAGCUGGUGGUUCACAGACGCCUCGCAGGUCGACUUCCCCCACUGUCGCCAAACCACCUCCGCCACCUAUUCGUAGGUAUUAUGGAAGAAGAGGAAAGUCCUCUUCAUCUGAAUUGGAAGAUUCUGAAACUGAAGAGAAGAAGGAACCAUCUCCACCAAAAGUUGUGAAACCAGUGCCACCUCCCAAGAUAAUGAAUACAGGGUUUGGUAAUUCUGGUGCCGGAACCAAACCUGCUUCAAAACUUACACCACAGGAGCGGCUUAAGAAGAAGAUGCAAGCUCUGUUGAACAGACAGUAUAAAGCUGAUAAGAGAGCAGAGCGCAUGAGGCACGAGAAGAUGGAACAAGAGAGGCAAGAUAGAGAGGAUGAACUGCGAGAAAUGGCCAUUAAAUUGCGAAGAAGGGAGAGAGAACGCAGACACCGCAUGAAAGAGGGUGACGAGGACGACGAGACGUGGGACGACGAUAGCCACUUGAGCGUUUCAUCACUGGAGUCGUACAGUCCAUCUCAGAGCCCAUCCCCACCACCAGAGAAGGAGAGGCGGCCAGAACCGCCGCCACCACAGCAACAGCAGCCUCCCAGGCCAUACCCCCCACCCCUGCUGGGACAACAGAUCCUGCCGCCGCCGCGGCCGCACAGGAAUCGGUGGUCACGAUCGAGUGAUGAUGAAGAUUGUGGUGGUAACUACCGGAGGGGCUACAGCAGUAGCAGCCACUCCUCAUAUCACCACAGGCAGAGAUCCGACGAUAGGAGAGGUAGUAGUCGGAGAGACAGUAGGCGUAGCAGGAGCCCACCACAGAGAAGACCAUAUCCGAGGCCACUGGUUGACUAUUGAAACAUCCGUGUACAGAAAUCGCUCAAUACAGGUAAAAUUAAAAAUGUGGAGAACGAAAAUGCUGAAAAUUUUGUAAGACUGUAUCUUUCAUCAUAUUUGUUUAUAUACUGUGAAUAUUUAGACACUAUUAUGUAAAGA